UCGAACAGUGAAGCAGUGAUUAAAGCAUUUUCAUUCUUCAAUUUUCAGAGAGGAGUCACAGUCUCACAGAGCAAGUACAAAGAAGAAAAAUAAUCGUCAAUUCGUCAUGGCAAUUGCUAACGCUUACUUCUCGUCUCUAACUCUGCUUCGAUCCAGAGGUUUCGAACUUGGCUUCAAUUCUCAAAUCUGCCUCCUUGAGGCCUCUAAAGUCUCUGCUAUUCGCCGGGGAUCUGUCGAAUCUAGAAUUGGUUUCACCAGGAAGAGGAACAUUCUGCAAGCUUCUGUCAAUUCUACAAGUACAUUAGGCUCGUCCUCUUCGAAAUAUGAUCGGGAUGCUGAUACUGUUCCCAUGCCAAUAGUUUUGAUAGAUCAAGAUUCUGACUCUGAUGCAACAAUUGUACAAGUUAGCUUUGGAGAUCGCCUUGGAGCUCUUAUUGACACGAUGAAAGCCCUUAAAGAUUUGGGCUUGGAUGUGACAAAGGGAACUGUCACAACUGAGGGAACAGUCAUACAGACAAAAUUUUUCAUCACAAAAUUGGCCACUGGACGCAAGGUUGAAGAUCCUGACAUGUUAGAGAGAAUAAGGCUUACCAUCAUCAACAACCUUCUGAAGUAUCACCCUGAAUCUAGUGAAAAGCUUGCUAUGGGUGAGGCUUUUGGAAUAAAAGCACCAGAAAAGAAGCUUGAUGUUGAUAUUGCAACACAUAUACACGUUAAGGAUGAUGGACCUAACAGAAGCUUGCUUUAUUUGGAGACAGCUGAUCGUCCUGGAUUGCUACUAGAGGUCAUUAAGAUUAUGGCUGACAUUAAUGUCAAUGUGGAAUCAGCGGAGAUUGACACAGAAGGAUUGAUAGCUAAAGAUAAAUUUCAUGUGAGCUAUAGAGGAGCAGCAUUAAACAAUUCCUUGUCUCAGGUUUUGGUGAACUGUUUGCGAUACUAUCUACGAAGGCCUGAAACUGACGAUGAUAGUUACUGACACCCGGCAGAGGGAGAACGUGAUGACGAUAUCGUGAUUCACCCAAUGGUAAGCCACCUUUUGAGGUCUCCAGUGUUGUGUCGAGCCAAAGUUAAAUGUUACCCAUCCUAGUGUAGCUAAUCUUAUGUUAGCACUGUCUGUAUUCAUGAUAUAAGUUUGGAGUUUGGACAUGCAGCACAAUAAUCUCUCUGUUGUCUAUGUUAAUCUGUAUAUAGAAAUGAAACGUUGGGCCAAUAUUUCUUCUAAUGGUUGGACUAUUGUAUUAUCAGCAUUACUGGUUGGGUAGGACUUUUUUAGCAUUAAAUUUGUAAUGCCUUUAUUUCUGAAUUUGACCCCUCCUUUUACUGUGAGGGUGGAAAAUGCAAUUUAAAUCAAGGUUCAAACUA